AUGUAUCAUUAUCAACAACCAUUGGCUUACAAUACAGCGAAACACAAAAUAGACGGACUUCACUCUCAGUAUCAGCAGUUCCGUAAUCAACGUGUAGCCGCAUUUCCUGAAGUUCAACUGAAUGAUGCAGAUAAUAUAGAUCUGCCGGUUCACGACCCGUAUGUAGAGCCCAUAGCUGCUGCCUUUCCACCACAUCAGCUACCAGUCGAGGACGAGCCAGCUUUUUACGAAUCAGAACCAGAAGAACCAAUCGCUGAUGAUGAUCUUCCAGUUGGUGCGUCAAGUCUCAUCCCAGAGAAAAAGAUAAAAAAUACUCAAACUGACUCUGCCGAAGAGGUGGAGCAUGGCGGGCACCGCAAUGCAGUAACUAAUUCUGCUAUCCCCAACGUUUACUUCCCAAUCAACCUUGGAGGUGCCAACAGUGGAACCGUUGCCGUUGCAAAUUCAUACAGCACCGGAGAUGGUGGUUCAUCCACCAGCAUAGCAACAGCAUAUGGAAGGCCGGUGAACGCUGAGCCCGUUCAACUGAGGAAAAGACCGACCAAGAAUCAACGGUUUUAG